AUGAGUUUUACUCGUGGCGCCGUUCUCUUCAAAUCGACUGUUCAUGGGCCUAAUUCUGAGGCCGGACCCCAGAUAUGCGAUUCGCCCGAUUUGCCGUUGCACGCGCUCCUCUUGAAUUGCUUCCGCCUUCUGUCCUACGCCACCCCGAGGAGCUCGCCUCCAAUUAACUGGGCACCGGAAAGGAACGAAAACGAAAACGCAGCGGGACCGACGCACUGCCGAAAUUAUUGGGAUUUUUUUUCUUUUUUCUUUUGGGUUCCAUUAUCGCUAGGUAGGGCAUCAUACGGCACGGCUCAAACGUGGCUUAUAUACUUUCAGGCGUUAUAA